CCUCUGUGAAUGAGCCAUCUUUAAUGAGCUUUAAUGGCUAUUAUGGAUUACUUUACUUUUGUACAUAAACUUGCGUUUUACACGAUUUUCACAAAUGAUGUUUUUUAAGGACACGAAAUUCUGCUUGUUAAAAUGUUGUUCAUUAUAGCAGAUUAGUUUCAAGGUUGCUGUAAUUCGACUUUCAGCCUGUAGAUGACAAACAAGACAUGCUCGGCUGCAAUCCGAAGAGCAGCAGCAUAGUAGACAGAUUUAAGCUAACGCUAGCUACAAUAACAUUUUCUUUUCACCCCAAUUUGGGGUGUUGUCAUUCGUUGGUUUUUUAACGUAUUCGAGGCUGGCUUCACUGGCCAAACAUGCAGAAAUAUGAAAAGCUUGAAAAAAUCGGGGAGGGUACGUAUGGGACCGUUUUUAAGGCAAAAAACAGGGAAACCCAUGAAAUUGUGGCUUUGAAAAGGGUCAGGUUGGACGACGACGACGAGGGGGUGCCUAGUUCUGCUCUGAGAGAAAUUUGUCUUCUGAAGGAACUGAAACAUAAAAACAUUGUCAGACUACAUGACGUUUUGCACAGUGACAAGAAGUUAACCUUGGUUUUUGAAUACUGUGAUCAGGAUUUGAAGAAGUAUUUCGACAGCUGCAACGGGGAUCUAGAUCCUGAAACUGUGAAGUCAUUCAUGUACCAGCUGUUGAAAGGCCUUGCUUUCUGUCACAGUCGAAAUGUUCUUCAUAGAGAUCUGAAGCCGCAGAAUCUCCUCAUCAACAGAAACGGAGAGCUGAAGCUGGCUGACUUUGGUUUGGCUCGAGCUUUUGGAAUUCCUGUGAGGUGUUACUCAGCAGAGGUGGUGACUUUGUGGUAUCGGCCUCCGGACGUGCUGUUUGGAGCCAAACUUUACUCUACCUCUAUCGACAUGUGGUCUGCUGGAUGCAUAUUUGCAGAGCUGGCUAAUGCUGGAAGGCCUUUAUUCCCCGGGAAUGAUGUGGAUGACCAGUUGAAAAGAAUUUUCAGAUUGUUGGGAACACCAACUGAAGAACAGUGGCCAACAAUGACAAAACUCCCAGAUUACAAGCCAUAUCCCAUGUAUCCUGCCACCACCUCACUGGUUAAUGUGGUCCCUAAAUUAAGUAGCACAGGACGGGAUCUACUUCAGAACCUGUUGAAAUGUAAUCCUGUCCAGAGGAUCUCUGCAGAAGAGGCCUUACAGCAUCCUUACUUUGCUGAUUUCUGCCCACCAUAAAUGCUUAACUGCCUCUCGAUAAACGUCAGCUGCCAGAAUCAACCAUCCCCGCUCUCUUUUGGGACUUCAGGAAAAAUUCAAAACAAGGCAAAUCCCUCACUGGAUUUUCAAACACUCCCCCUGCUAUUCAUUCUGUUGUGCCUCUGUGAGGAACAAAGUCCUGGUGUCGCUGCAAGGAUUUAUUAGCUUCUUUUAAGUUGAAAGCCUAUUUUUAAUUUGGCACAUACACACUUUCCAGUUAAUUGGCACAAAUGUGGGACGACGUUGGACCGCAUAAACCUUAUACGUGUGAAAGCGGUAUAUCAUAAUUAAAAAUGGCCGUUAGAAUCUGUGGUAAUCUCAUUUGGUGAAUUCACUUUGAAUAACUACAAUUGUAGUGCAGUACAGUAGCCCCUAAAAAGCCUUUGUAAAUAUAUUGUUUCUAUUAUGUUUUUGUUUUCAAAGCAGAUUUGAAGUCUUAUCAUUUGUAGAGGUUUUGAUGCCAGUUCCAAUAUUUAUAUCUGAAAGUUUACAAUAUGUGAUGGUAUAUUGACCACCUGAAUCUGGUUAUUAAAACAUAUGGCUGAGA